AUGGCACCCUUAGAAAUAGCCAACACACACUCUAAGACAACUGCAACAACAACAACCCUAAUGCACACGCAACCAACAAGAAUGAGAAUGGGAAUAUCGCGAAGUGGUGAUCUGGAGGAAGCAGAAAAGUGGAUUAAAUACUCAAAGAAUAAUUUGAGAUUGAUGCAUGUUCCGGAACACGACCUUCCUUCUUCGUUGGAAACGCGGAUAGAUAAUGGAAAAGGGGUGCAACCGGGAACCAUUCUUCAGCACUACUUUCCUAAUACCCUGAAGUGUCGCAAGAUGACAGAAUUUCACUCUUUGGUCCAAACCAGUGGAAUGAGUGUUAUAGAGUACACAAAUCAAUUCAAUGCUAUGGGUGCACCAUCGAUCAUGGCAGAUGAUGCAAUGAAAAUGGUUUGGUUUGAGGAGAACAGGACAGGAAAUCCAGAAAGGGAGAUCCAUUGUUGA